AUGGCGGCAAACAGUAAUUAUUAUACCAGCAUGAUGAGUGAAGGCACUCAUCCAGUGGAUUUUGAAGACUUUAGCAACCCUCGUAAUGAGCAACAAUCACAGGAAGUGCUAGUGACUCCAUCAGCCUUCUCUACAAGACCAAAUCACAAGAGAUCAAAGAAUUUCAGUGAGAAGGAAGAAGAGAUUUUGGUUUCUGCGUGGCUGAAUACUAAGGACGCAAAGGCUAUGUACAAGUCUGAAGACAGACAAAAGAGAUCAUUUCAAUUUAUGGAUUGCUGGAAACAAUUGAGAGGACAAGCAAAAUGGAUGGCUAAACUAUACGAACUGGCUAGGAAGUCAUCUAAUAAGAAGCAAAAGAAAACCUCCAAUUCGAGUCUGCCUACACCUUCGCUCACUACUGCAGAUGGACAUGAAGUUGCUGCUCUAGAGGAGAAUACAUUGUCGAGACCAAUGGGCCACAAGAAGGCCAAAGCAACACUACAUCAAGGUGGCAAAAAAGCUUGUACAGAAGCUUUAGAUAAUUUGUGGGCGAAGAAGAAAGAAUUUGAUAGUGACAAGGAGCUAAAGAAAGAAGAAAGGUUCAAACAAGCUUUUGCACUUGAACAAGAGCGGGUUGCGAAUGAGAAAUUAAAUCUUGAGUUGAGGAAGAAAGAGUUAGAAUUGAGGGCGUAG